UGUAGAAAUUUGGCGGUGACAGUUGCAUGAAUUCGAAACAAAACAAUAUUGUCAAACGGCGAUCUUAAUUAUCAUUUAAAUAAUAUUAUAGUAACAAUCACUAUAAAUAAAAUGUUGCAACGCAAAUCUUUUAAUAGCAUUUUUAAGGAUCAAAAGUAUAAAUCGUGUAAAACCAACAAAAGCAGCGAGGAAGACGAUUUUACUAUAUCGGAUUGUAGCAGUGAUGCAGACGCACACAAAAAGAGUUUAUCACAAGAAUCCAAUCGUAUUUCCAAUACAAGCGAUGGUGAAAACGAUUGCAAUAAAUCUUCGAAUUUCUGCAGCUAUAAUACUCCAAGAGCAAAACGCUUUAAAAUACAACAAUUAAGUGCAAGAAAAAAGCCUUUACCGCAUAUAAAAAUUAUUAAGAAAGCAAAAGAAAGUGAAGAUGUUAUACCCAUAAAAGAAAAAAAAAUUUUAUGUGCCAACAACACAAUAAAUAAAUUAUCAACAACUUCUAAGAAUGAAACUCCAUUUAAAAAGGUACAAAAACUCUUUGCACAAACACAGAGACCAAGUAAUUUGCAAAGCGCACUGCUGUCACAACACAAAUCGCCUGCCACAUCGGAGGAUGAUGAAGAUUUAAUUAAUUGGUCUUCCUCUGACAGUAAUUCAAACUGUUCUGAUUCCAGAAAUACUUCUAUAUCAAUUGAAACACCAACCACUUCAUCACAGAAAUCAAAUCCACCCAGUGAAUUAGAUUUGCUGUUAGCACUCAUUGAACGUGAGAAUAACUCCAAACAACAGCAAUCAUCAAAAACGAAGUCGAAGUCUUCAAAGCGUUGCCGUAAAGGCGGUUAUUUGCAGCAAUUAUUUAACACUCUCGAUACAGCGAAAACAGAUAAAAAAUUCUUAGAGCAUGACAAAAAAUUUGGACUACGAUGUGGAACGGAAUUGCAAAUUGUAGAAUUAGAAUCUUCAUUUGGUGUUAAUUUAGCUAAGGUUAAAUUUGUUGAUGAGUAUCAGGAAGAUGGAAAAUGCUUAUAUGUUGUUUUAGACGAAAAUGAAGCAAAGAAAGUGAAGCCAGGUAGUAAUGUGGAAGCAUUUUUUGAUGUUGAUAUUGAACCCUAUGAAAUUACCGACACAACAGAGAAAAAAGUUGUUUUUAUUCAACCUCAUAAAAUAUUAUUAUUGCAAUAGCAAUUCGUACAGUUUUUAAGUUGGAUACGUCGGAAUCAAGAUUCGUAUUGUUGGGUACGAGAACGUGAAAGCGUUCAUCAUUACUUGAGAUCUCCUCACUUAACACUUAAACUUUACUUUUGGGUAAACCUAUUAUCGAUUAAGUUUUAAAGCAAUAUAUCCAAAUAAUGCUUUACAUAUUUGAUUUGAAUAUAAUUCAUAUCAAAAAAAAAAGUGAAAUCUAAGAAGUAAUAUAAUAGGAGCAGGAAAUUCUCAUUCCAGUUAUCAACGAGACUACAUAUGUAAACCUUAUUUAUAUUUUUUUUUAGUUUUCCUGAUUCUGAUAUUAUAAAAUAAUUUGUUCACUAGAAUCUAAAAUGAACAUCAUUAGACGAUGUGUAAAGGAUAUCGACUAUUUGAACGAAUAUUGAAAUAAGCUUAGACAUUUUUUAUACAUUAUGUUAUUACGU